UUAUAAGAAGAAAUAGGAACCGUUUCCCAAGCUGAAGACAGAGUAAAAGAAAACUGUAUCAUGUGUUAGGAUACUGGAGAGGGACAUUCCUUGGAUUAGUACAUUUCUGGAUUGCAAAGCAAAAGAGAGAGGAGGCCAAAAAUGGGGAGGAAGAAAAUACAGAUCACGAGAAUAAUGGAUGAACGGAACAGGCAGGUCACCUUUACCAAGAGGAAGUUUGGGUUAAUGAAGAAGGCCUACGAGCUGAGUGUACUGUGUGACUGUGAAAUAGCACUCAUCAUUUUUAACAGCUCUAACAAACUCUUUCAAUAUGCCAGCACUGACAUGGACAAAGUGCUACUAAAAUACACAGAGUACAACGAGCCCCACGAAAGCAGAACCAACUCAGACAUCGUUGAGACCUUAAGAAAGAAAGGCCUUAAUGGUUGUGAGAGCCCUGAUGCUGACGAUUACUUUGAGCACAGUCCGCUAUCGGAGGACAGAUUCAGCAAACUAAAUGAAGAUAGUGAUUUUAUUUUCAAGCGAGGCCCUGCUCUGAACAAGAAGGAACACAGAGGGUGCGACAGCCCGGACCCUGACACUUCAUAUGUGCUCACGCCACAUACAGAGGAAAAAUAUAAAAAAAUUAAUGAAGAGUUUGAUAAUAUGAUGAGGAAUCAUAAAAUCGCACCCGGUCUGCCCGCUCAGAACUUCUCCAUGUCGGUCACGGUUCCGGUGUCCAACCCCAACACUUUAACCUACAGCAACCCAGGGAGCUCCCUCGUGUCCCCAUCCCUGGCAGCCAGCUCCUCCCUGACGGACACCACCAUGCUGUCCCCCCCUCCGAGCACCCUGCACCGCAACGUGUCCCCCGGGGCGCCCCAGAGACCUCCCAGCACCGGCAACGCAGGUGCGAUGCUGGGGACGACCGAGCUGUCAGUGCCAAACGGAGCUGGGACCAGCCCAGUGGGAAAUGGGUUUGUGAACUCUCGAGCUUCACCGAGCCUGCUGGGCACUGGUGCUGGUGGGAAUGGCCUGGGCAAGGUGAUGCCCACCAAGUCCCCCCCUCCCCCCGGGGGAGGCAACCUGGGCAUGAACAACCGCAAGCCCGACCUCCGUGUCGUCAUCCCCCCCUCCAGCAAGGGCAUGAUGCCACCUCUGAACACCCAAAGGAUCAGCAGUUCUCAGUCCACGCAGCCUCUCGCCACCCCCGUGGUGUCGGUGACGACCCCAAGCCUGCCCCCGCAGGGACUCGUCUACUCGGCCAUGCCCACGGCCUACAACACUGAUUACUCCUUGAGCAGUGCAGACCUGUCUGCCCUGCAGGGGUUCAACUCCCCCGGAAUGCUGUCCCUGGGGCAGGUGUCUGCCUGGCAGCAGCACCACCUCGGUCCCGCGGCCCUCAGCUCCCUCGUCACUGGCAGCCAGAUAUCUCAGGGUUCCAACCUCUCCAUCAACACCAACCAAAACAUCAACAUCAAGUCUGAACCCAUCUCCCCUCCCCGGGACCGCGUCACCCCCUCGGGGUUCCCGCCUCAGCAGCCGCAGCAGCCGCCGGCGCCGCCGCCAUCGCGGCAGGAACUGGGGCGCUCCCCGGUCGACAGCCUGAGCAGCUCCAGCAGCUCCUACGACGGCAGCGACCGCGAGGAUCCCCGCAGCGACUUCCACUCGCCCGUGGUGCUGGGGCGGCCGCCCAACGCCGAGGAGCGGGAGAGCCCGUCGGUAAAACGGAUGAGGAUGGACACGUGGGUGACAUAAAAGCCGCGGGGCCCGCCCGCCCGUCCCCACCACGGACUGUCCUGACAUAUCCACACUUAUAAAUAAGGACGUGACUGAGUCUAUUUAUAUGUAUAUACAUACGUGCAUAUAUAUAUCUCCACGUGCAUAUAUAUGUGCUAGUGUGUGUAGCAUACACCGAUCAUCAGGCACUUACGACAAACUCGUGUAUAGCUGCAGAUGUCCCCUGGUAAAGCAGAACAAUCCCGUAGGUUUGAUCUAGUCUGGCACCUCCCUGGAGUUGUGUUUGGCCCCAGCCGUCGGCAGAGCGUUGUCCCCGCAGUGUCUCCUCCUCCUCCACAGCCCAGGGCUCGCCUGUAGUACCGUCCCUGUGUGUUAGUUCAGCUCAUGGUUACUCGUAGUUAAGAAAUAAUUGCUUUGUAGCAGCAGAGCAGUAGAAAAAGCAGGAAGAAGAAAGCAAUACUGUACAUAAACUGACCUUUUAUUACCCAACCUGGCAUGGGUCUCUAUUGCAGAGGGUGCAUGGAGAAGGGCUGAUGCUAUAAGAA